AUGUAUAAUUUUCAGAAGCCAGAAAAUGCCCUGAAAAGAGCAGCGGAGUUGCGAGCAAUAGGCCAGAGUGAUGAGGCGUUGGUAAUUUUACACUCAGCAAUAGGGCACAGGUUUUUUCGAAUCCAAGGAUGGGACAUGGUCCAGGAACAAAUAAUGUUAGAGUACGUGGCGUUGUGUAUAGACCAAGAUAAGCUCCGGCUAGCUCGUGAAGGGCUCCACCAGUACCGAUUGAUAUCGCAACACGCAAACGUUUCAUCAUUAGCCAAAGUAAUAGUAGAGUUAUUAGAUAGAGCAGAGAAUAGACUUGUGUCUGCAAAGUCAAAGCUGCAAGUUUCUGACGCCGGAAAGUCUCAAACACAGCUGAGUGGAGGAAUAGUGGAGGAAGGGAUGGAGUACGACGAGACGCCAGAAGGUUUGAUGGCGAGCACUUUGCAAGUUGAGAUGCGAGACCAAUGCAGUAAGACGCUCCACGAUGUGUACCGGUUCCUGUGGGAGAUUUACAAGAUGAUUCUGGACAUAUCAAGAGCAACACCUAAGCUCGAGAAGGUGUACCACGAAACGGCAAGGAAGGCGAUAACCUUUUGCAGAGAAAACGCACGUUUGGUUGAGUUUAAGCGCCUGUGCGACGUUAUGCGAGGCCAUUAUUCGUUCCUCCUAAAGGUCCAAAACAAGCCAGAAAUGGAGUGUAUGCUAAAGCCGGAGCUCCACAUAGAGACGAGAGUAAAUCAGCUGAUAACAGCGUGCGAGUUGGGGAUGUGGAAAGAGGCCUUUAACACAGUAGAGGACCUCUAUACUCUAGGCAUUAGAGAUUAUAUCACCAAGACGUUCCAGGGCUCAGUCUCAGUGCUAGGCCAGCAGAAAGAAAAGCUCCUAAAGUGGCUUGCCAUUUUCUACGAAAAACUCGCCCUGAUUUUCUGGGCCUCAGACCUGUUACUCUUCCACGCACUGGCAGUGCUCCGCUACGUCAUGCACAUCCGAAUGUACAAGAAGAAGGUCACAGAGGAGGAGAUUACGUACCUAUGCUCGAAGUGUGUUCUAGCGGUUCUUUCAGUACCAAAUCACGCCCUUAGUCAGAGCUCAUCGACGGCGUCCUCAACUGCGGUGUAUGAGAUGCAGAAGAGAAUGUCAACUCUCCUGGGAUAUAACACGAUACCAACGAAAGAGUCACUGCACCACUCGCUGGCACUCAAAAAUGUACUCCCAUUGGCCCACAAAAAUGUACAAAAAUUAUACGAACUCGUUGAAAAUGAUAGUUCCAUGAAACUCUGCCAACAACUUGUUGUAAUACUGAAUGAUUCUAAUAAUACAGAAGGUGAUUUAACGGAUUCUAAAGAAUCAGAAACAAAAUCUGAAGUUAAAACCGGUACUGAUACAAAUAAACAGCAUACAGCAGGGCAGAACGUGUAUAGAGAGGAUUUGGAGAAGUAUUAUGAAAAGGUGAAGAGCGUAGUCUUUCAUAAGGUAUUGACAAGAUUGUCAAAAGUGUACGCCUCGAUGACGAUUGAUUUUUUCACCAAGUCGAUAUGUCCGGCUGAUUUUUACACCUGGGACUAUGCAGAGAAGGAGAUCGUGGAGUUGGUGCACAGGGGGUUGUGCCACGUGCGUUUCGACUAUACGAACAGAGUACUCUACUUUAACUCCUCAUCGGCUAACGCCGACUCAAUAGCCUCGAUCAGACACCAGUUGACAGAUUUGGGGAAGAAUUUGUAUUACGUGAUCAGGAUUCUGAGCCCAGCAGACGUGAACAAGAGCGCAGAACACCGAAGACUACAUUUGGUCUCCAUGAAAAACUCGAUUGAGAAGGAGCGUUCUCGCUUGAUGAAGCGCACUAGUGAAAUUUACCAGCGUAGACAAGAACAUCAAGAAGAGCAGAUGCGAGUCGAGGAGGAGAGAAAGAAACAGGAGCUUCAGCAGAAAAUCAACGAAGAGAAAGCUGAAAAGGAAAGAAGAGAAGAAGCUUUCAGACAACUUGAACUGCAACGUAAAAAGGAUGAACGCUACAAAAUCAAAAGUGAUAUCGCCAAUCAAAUGUUACAGGAGCUCCGUAAAUUAUGUUUAUCAUCAAGUAGUAAGAUAUACAUCAAGGGGAAGGGAUUGGACGAGUAUACGGUGGAUGACCUGAUAGAAGGCUUAUUGGAGUAUGAAGACCUAGAAAAGGCACAAGAAGAACAUAUGGUGAGAGAACGCCAAGAACUCCAGAAACAAAGAAGAAAUGAAGUGAGAAAAGUCGAACACUUUUUGAGAGCAGUCAGGGAGGCAGAUAAGCAGCUGUAUGACGCAUAUCUGGAAGAGUUGGUGAAAAAUGAUACUGCAUUGCUUCUGGAAGUACAAAAGAGCCGCGAAGAUAAGUAUAAGCAAGAUGCAGAGGCGAUGAGACAGGAGAAGAUUCUGUUCAAGUCCUAUGCAGCAGAGAAGCAGCAGUGGGUGGAAAAGCAACUCGUGUCUAGAAAGAAAGAUUUUCAAUCGAAGCUAGACGCCCAAAACGCACGCUUCAAGAAGAUGUUACUGGAGGAAAAAAUCGCUAGAGCCAAAAUGAGAUAUAACCAGGAACAGAUGAGAUUAGAGCAGAAGCGUAAAGAGGAACAAUUAAAAUUGGAACAAAAGAGAAAAGAAGAGGAAAUGAGAUUAGAGCAAAAGAGAAAAGAGGAGGAAAUGAGAAAGAGAAGAGAACAGGAACUACAUAGGCAAAGAUUAGAUGAAAUUGCAGAAAUCCAAAGACAAAAACAAUUAGAAAUUGAAAGAAGGCUUGCAGCCACUAACAAUACAGUGACAGUUAACUCAGGAUAUCCAUAUAGUAACCAGCUAAAUAAAGAUGUAGGAAGAAACUAUCAAAAAGGAUUGGGUAGAGAGUUAAAUAAUUCAUCAGUGAGAGAUAUGUCAGUCAGGGAUUCCUCGGUAGUAGAUUCCUCAAUGAGAGAUAAUGUAAGUGUUAGAAACAACGUUAUGGCGAGAAACAGCGUAAUGAGACAUAAUGUUUUGAGAGAAAAUAGCUUGAUGGAAAGAAACCAGAGUAGAAGGAGAGAAUAUAGUAAUGCAAAUCAGAGCCAAGGAAGCUCAGGGUUCUCGAGACAUGAUCCAUUUAACAGAAAUGUUGCGAGAAAUGACUCAGAUGUGACAAGAGCAGACGUGACAAGGGCAGAAAACAAGGCGGAAAACGCAAAGGGUAGUUAUGGAGAACCAGAUAAGCCAGUUGUAAAGGAUCUAAACCGAAAUACUACAGAUGAUUCAAAUUGGCGCAGCGAACUUAAGAAGACAACCAGUAAACUGUUCAAAAGCUUCGCCGUAAAAUCCGUAAAAUCAACUAGUGAUGAUGAAGGAAAUUGGAGAACAUAA